AGUGACGUCAUGCUGAAAUGUAGGCCUAGCCUAGGCUAGGCUAGUACUAGUAGUAGUCGCCUCAAACUUUGUCAUUUAGCUUGGUUUAUCGAAACGUUAUGAUUAGUUUUGGUGAAAAAAAUGGAGCAGUUGACUUUAAACAAAAUAAAUCAAGAUCUUGCGUGAAUUUUAACAUUUCGUUUCAAAUGUGGAAGAGUUGGAGGUUAGACACCACCACAGCCAUGCCUAGGCCUAGGCGUAGGCCUAGUGGUGGAGAGAUAGAACGCUGGGCCGCCUCCCAACUGGCAAACUUGCUGGGUAGCAAAUCCAAGCUAGGCCUACUCGUAUGUCUCAUUUUGAUUUGGAGUAGUUUUACUGCUGUACUUGGUAGCAAGUGUAGGGAAAGAGGACGAGUAAUAUUUAAUGACACUUUUGGAUUCAUUUACGAAGGAGUGGACCAACAACCUGCAGGAUACGAAAAGGCUGACCAUUGUGAAUGGUUAAUCAAAGCUCCUGAUCCUGGUGCUUACAUUGUUCUACAGUUCAGUAGUUUUGAGACCGAAUGCUCAUAUGACUUUCUGUUUGUGUACGAUGGUGGUUCCUACCAAAGCCCACUACUUGCCAGUUUAAGUGGAGAUACUUUACCAAUGCCAGUUAUUGCACGAUCUGGAAUGAUGCUGAUAUAUUUAUAUAGUGAUACCAACUAUGUUCUGGAUGGGUUUCAUGCAUCAUUCAUUGUAGAAGAUUGCAUAUUCAAUUGUUCUGGGAAUGGUGUAUGUUUGAACCAUACUUGCAAGUGCAAUAGUGGAUAUACGGGAGAAGCAUGCCAAUUUAAAGCUUGCCCAAAUGAUUGUGGAUCAAGCCAAGGACAUGGUGUCUGUAAAGUAAAUGAUGAUGGCAUUAAUCAUUGUCAUUGCUACGAUGGAUACAUUGGCCAUGAUUGCAGUUUGUCUACAACUGACAAUUUGGGAUGGGGAUCAACAUUCACCAUCUCAAACACCAGCACGUUUGCCAGAACUGCUCAUGGUGGUGUGUUUCAUUCCAAAACAAAUUCUCUUUGGAUGUAUGGUGGUUUUGAUAUGGAUAGAGAACUAGAUGACAUUGUAAUAUUUAACUUCACCUCCAGUGAAUGGCAAGUGAUAAAGCCAAACUCAAAAAUCCAACCAGUAAAAAUGUCUGGAUUUUGCCGUGAUAUGUCUAACUCAACAUCCCCAGUUGGAUGGUGGGGUAGAAAUGGAGAUUUCUUCACAAACUUUAAGGAGUGUAGAAAACAUGAUAUUCCGCCAGGAUUGACAUGGAUGAAAUACACAGCACCAUAUAACCUUUCACAUCCAGAUGAGGUUGAAAUUAUAAGAUCAUCAAGUCACCAUUUCACAUUUUAUAAAGUGAUGAAGGAUGAAAUAAAGACACCGAAUUAUUCCAUUGCAAUGUUAAAAGGAUUCAUCUUUCCUAGUGAAGCAAAACCGCCACAAGGAAGUCGUUUGCGUGUGUGGCUAGACAGCAACCAAGACAAUACAAGUCUCAUCAUCAGCAACAGUCCGCAAACAAAAAGGGCUCUUAAAAUUCAACCAGCAGAAGCUGAAGGAGUGCGUACUGAUAACUCGGAUAUUUUUCCUAAUGUGUCACAUGGUGUUAAGUACUAUUUAGAGCUGCAGCUCUGGAAGAGAGUUAAUAAAGAAGAAAAGAAAAAGUACUUUUCAUUACAACUUGCAUGGAAUGGUAACCUUGACAACAGCCGAGAUAUAUCUAAGAUUUUAACUGAGGAGUACCUUCAGCCUUUCUCCAGUUCAGACUGCUCAACUUACACCAACUGUAAAGCAUGCCUCUCUGAUUCCUCAUGUGGCUGGUGCCCAACAAGUUUGACCUGUGAACUUCGUAAUGGGCCAUUAUUACCUUCUAUCCGCUGUGGUGUACUGGCAAAUCCACAUCAUCACUUGGUGGUGGAUCUUAUGAUGUGUGUAGAUUGUAGCUUUCAUAUCAGUUGUCUCUCCUGCACUCAGGUAAGUUCGCUAAUGAAUUCGGGAAAAGCAAUCUCUUAUAAAUUGUUUCCUGUCUACUUGACUGUGUAUGAUUGCCCUCUGGAGUAUCGAGUGGAUGGGCUGACCUCUGCAUUUAAUUGCAACACUAUGGAAAGUUACCAUUUUGCAUACACUAUCAUUACUCAUUCUUAUGCAAUGGGCAAUCCACUUUUGUUGUUGACGUUUGUAGAACAGGUUGAUGGGCUUUGUUUGAGUGAGAUUGUAGAGCAUAUUUGGUCAACAUCUUGCAAUAGUUGUACUAACAACCCAGACUGUGGCUGGUGUGAAGAGACCAGUCAUUGUUUUGUGUAUGGAACUUAUACUUUACUAUUUCCAUUUGGUCAGUGUACACAUUGGUUUGAUGAGCCUUCCCAGUGCAUUGAUUGUUCUCAAUUCACAAGCUGUACAAAGUGUCUUUCUCAUUUUCAAUGUGGAUGGUGCACAAAUCCUAAUGAUCAUUCCAUAGGAAGUUGCUUGGAAGGUAGUUUUGACGGUCCAUUUAAUUCUGAAUGUACAUACUCAAGUGAUCCUGUCACUAAUAUAACACUGCCGGCUGUUUGGGAUUAUCAAGAAUGUUUUUUAUGUGAACGUAACCAACACAAUUGUUCAGAAAAUGCAACUUGCAUCAAUGAACACUUGAGCUUUACUUGUCGUUGCAAUAUAGGAUUUCAAGGAGACGGUGCCAACUGUAAAAGAAUAUGCAUUGCACCAUGUGUACAUGGACAGUGUAGAGAAUCAUUGAAUUUUGAUAAAUGUGACUGUGAUAUUGGCUGGACAGGUUCAAGAUGUGAUGUAGACUGUGGUUGUAAUGGACACAGUACCUGCUUGAAAGGUGUUCACAGGUGUGAUCAAUGUCAACACAACACAACUGGGAAAAAGUGUGAUGCUUGUUUACCAGGUUUCUAUGCAAAAUUGGACCCUAGCUUCACUUGUGAACCCUGUUCAUGUAAUGGUCAUGGCGAUCUAACUAAAGGUCUGUGUCAUCCUAGUAACGGUGUCUGCUUUUGCAAAGGUCAAACUACGGGAGACAACUGUGAACAAUGUCUGGAUGGUCUCCAUGGUGAUCCAAGGAAUGGUGGCUCAUGCUAUAUACCAUGUAAUGGCAGAACUCUCUUAACCAAUAUUAGCAUCAUUACUGUAUCUUUUGAAGCAAGGCAGGCUGUGGAUCGUGACACCUAUGGAUUUAAAGCCAUCUUUCAAGUGAAUUCUUGUCCAAAAAGUUGCUAUGGUAACCGAGAAUGUGUGAAAGGUCAAUGUGUUUGCCGAGAAGGUUACCAAGGCGACUUGUGCGAAACGGUGAUUUGUCCAAAUAACUGCAGCAAGCGUGGAAUUUGUAACAAGACUGUUGGGUUGUGUAUUUGUGAGGAUGGUUUCGGUGGAGUGUCAUGCGACCAAGCUAUUGAUCAUAAUACAGUUGUAUGGACUACAAUUUUUGACAUUAAAAGAUUGCAGAAUUCCUUGGUUUGUGGCAAGGAUUAUCCUUGUGGUCGGAGUGGUCACAAUAGAGUAAGCAGUCAGCGCAGAGAUUGUGUUCAGAAAAUGGCCCAGUGCUCUGUUCUAGAUUGCUCUUCAGUUACAGAGAGAAGAUUUUAUACAGGUGUUUUUGGCCACUCCUCUGUAUAUGAUGAGAAGACACAAUCGGUGUAUGUCUUUGGAGGAUACACUUUUCAUGUAAAUAAAACCCAGAUUUCAGAUCUGCUGUAUGUUUUACACAUUCCAACUGAACACUGGAGUAUUCUACCAAAUGAGGAAUCUAUAGCCGUGGAACAGAGGCGACCAGCUGUUGCUGGGCAUACACUCACCAGAAUUAGGGGCACUUCCCCAGGAUCAAAUUAUCUUCUUUUGAUAGGAGGAUACUCCCCUGACAAUGGCCUUAUGAAUGCUACAUGGAAAUAUCCUUAUCCUUUGGGGAACCGACCUUGGAUCCAAGUGGACACAACAGGAAUUUCACCAACAGGUGUUUUUGGCCACUCCUCUGUAUAUGAUGAGAAGACACAAUCGGUGUAUGUCUUUGGAGGAUACACUUUUCAUGUAAAUAAAACCCAGAUUUCAGAUCUGCUGUAUGUUUUACACAUUCCAACUGAACACUGGAGUAUUCUACCAAAUGAGGAAUCUAUUUCAGCUCAUGUGUUUCAUUCUGCUGUUAGUGUUCAGAAUCAUAUGAUUGUAUUGGGUGGAUCGAAUGAUAACUUUGGCUUCACCUCUUCCAUGUUAGCUUACAGAUACAUGUGCAACCAGUGGCUUAAUUUAUCAGAAUACUCAGUUGGUGAUCAGCCUUUUAUCAGUAAGGAUAUUGCUGCAGUUGCCAUUGGCAGCCGUAUUUAUGUUUAUGGUGGACAAACAGGGUUAUCAUAUGGCGCUGUCCAUACACUUGACCUCCCCCGCGACCUUUGCUCAUUAGAGACCACUAAGGAUGGUUGUUAUAAGCGGCCUGGAUGCUCUGUUUGUGAGGAUUCAAGGAACAAGAUCCAUUGCUUCAACAGUGAAUCUGGUAGAGAACCUGAAAGUUGUCAAUCAGGAAUGCAUACAUAUGGUGGUGUAUUGUGUAAUCAGGAACGCCUACAACAACGGAACUGUAGCCUGGCAUCAUCCUGUGCUGAGUGUGUGGCAAAAUAUCCAGCGUUUCCCAACACUAACCAGACAUGCAAAUGGUGCAGUUAUUGUCCUAAAGGAAAGUGUAUAAAUAUCCAUGAAAAAUGUGAUAAGAAGUUCUGCAAGGCAGAUCAACCGAUACUAAAGGAUAAGGAUUGUCCAGAGUAUUUUUGUGCAGCAUCAACUUGCAGUAAUUGCCGUGAUAUGAACUGCCUUUGGACAAAUCGUGUUCAAUGGACAAGUGAAAUGAGGAAGUAUUUGAGUCUGUCGGGUGAAUAUGCUUGGAAUUGUUACCAGAACAAUGUGUUUGCAAAUGCGCCAGCAGCGAUCCGCAAGGAACCAACUCCUAUACAAUAUAAAUCAUCAUGCCCGGAACCUUGCAACAAACACAAAUCAUGUCAACUAUGCCUAGAAAGUCCCGGUGCUGAUAGUGGUUGGGAUGGUUGCGUCUGGAGCACACGCCUCAACCUGUGCAUGUCACCAACGUACGUUCAGCUUCACUGUAUGAAUGGGCUUUGUGGCAAAAUUCUGAAUAGUGACUCAAUUACCUGCCCUUAUGAGGAUCCUUGUAUUGGAAAGGAAAUUUGUGGACAUUGUCUACAAGAAUCUGGUUGUGGUUGGUGUGCAAAACCAAAUACCAACGGAUUUGGUGAUUGCAUGAAGGGAGCCAUCAACGGUGCUGACGGUGCGGGCCAGUGCUCCAGACAGUCAAACCACAAAAAUACUUCCUCUACUGAAUGGCAUUAUUUCAAAUGUCCACAAGAGGAUGAAUGUGAAAAUGAUCAUCAUGGAUGUUGGCCAUGUGAAAAAUGUGAAGAUAGAGCAGAAAACUAUUUCUGUGAGUGUAAACCUGGGUACAGCUGUACCAAUGAAUGCAUUCCACAAUGUAACCCACGCUGCCAGGAUGGAAAAGGAGAGUGUGUGGGAGUGAAUCAAUGCAAGUGUAAAUUUGGCUUUGUUGGCAAUGACUGUGGUGUUGAGUGUAAAUGUAAUGGCCAUAGUGAUUGCUACAGUGUUGACCAGCCCUCUAAUUGUACAAGUUGUAAGCAUAACACAAUGGGUGCUACAUGUGAAUUCUGCUUGCCUAAUUUUGUGGAAUACCCAAAAGGUAGAGGGAAAUGUCAACCUUGCCGGGAAUACUGCAAUGGCAACAGUGAUACUUGUAUUAGCAAAGACAAUUAUGACUACCUAGAAAUUAAGUCAAAUCGUGGUUCAUCAAAAAUUCCAGUGUGUCUUAAUUGCAAGAACAACACACAAGGCAACAAGUGCGAAGAAUGCCGGCCAGGCUAUUUCAAAUCAGGCAGCAUCUGUAUAAAAUGUAUCUGUAAUGGUAAUUGUGAUACAUGUCAUCAAGAGACAGGCCAUGUAGACCGUAAUGCUUGUCAAAAUAAUACAACAACAGAGCAUGAAUCUGAAACUGAUCUGCAAAAGCAGGUGAGUCCAUGUUGUGCAAAUACUGAAGCUGUGUUAUUAAAGGAGGCAGAUAUUUAUGCCAGUCAAUAUUAUUACUAUUAAUACUAUUAUUAUUGU